GUGUGCUGCUGAAGGGAGUUUGGCUCUCCGGGAACGCGGGUCAUUUCUCUUCUGCUUUCCGAACCCCGUUAUCUGGGGAUUUUGUACGUGAAGAGAAACCACCAGCUGCCCGAGGCGGGUGGCGAGAUGGGCCGGACCGGGCUCCCGUGGCAGCAGCCGGAUAGAGAGCAAGCACCCCCGCGGGGGUAGGACGUCCCCCCCCCCCCGACUGGCCACUAUAAGAUCUCAGAAACAGGCCCCGGAGGGAGAGCCUAGUCCAUCGCCUGAAUCGGACUGCCUCGCAAGGGGUGGACUUGUGGGGGUGAGCUGUUUCCUCCUGUGGCCUCACCAAAGAUUGGGAUAGCCCCGUCUGGAACAGAGGCGCCCCUGGCCAAACUACCCCCCUCCUCCGUAAUCUUUCUCCUUAGUACUCAGUAUUUUUUCUGAAACAGGAUUCUGACUAAUCUUCGAGUUCUGUCUUGAACAGAGAAGCAUGUUGCAAGGCUGUCCUUCCUCCUUUCUCUCUGUAGCUACUGCCUGAGGCAGGGAUCCUGCACUAACAGUCUUUACAUUUGAAUGCAGAGCGGGGAUUGCCCAGUUCCUAUAUUUCUGCUAACUCCCCUCCCAUAAACACUGAGACAUAGUCUGAACAGCACCUCUUAUUAAAACCUGGUGGGUGCUUGUGCUGUUGAUUAGAAAAGAAUUCUUGCUGGAGCCCUUUAAAUAGGAACGUUCUCCAUUUGCAGUAGCGCUUGUAUGGUCCACAGUCCUUGUGGCACAAGGUUUACCCUGAACAAGAAUGCCAACCUGCCCUGGUGUCACAGUUGCUUAAGAUCUCUGCCAGUUAAUGGGCUGUGAUUAAUUUUACUAGAUUCUGAAAUACAAGCCAUAUUUUAUAGACACUAUUAGGCCUACUGUUCAAAUUUCGUUUUGAAUAAAUUCUUCUUGGCAUUUCUUUCUAAUGAAGUAACAAAUAGCUUUUGUUGUGGAUGAGGGCUGUUGGAGCCACGUUGUACUUUCCUCAGACUGGGGUACAGUUCAUGUUUCUCUCUAUUUUUACUCAUGAAAAAGGCAGAAAAAAGGAUCCACAUGCACAUCAGCAGUUUAUAGUUUCAUCUAGACAGUGGUAAUCAAUUUCCUGCCACACAGUACUAGUUAUUUCUAGUACAGGAAUUACAGUACUCCCUGACUUUACCGAUUCUGAACAAGAGUCCUCCAGUUGCCAAGCAGGAAGCAUUGUCACACUUCUGGAACAGUAGCACUCGCAAAAUCUACAUUGAACAGGGCUUCUUCCGAUAACGGUUCAUCUGGAACAGGAGCUGCCUGAUUCCUUUGCCUUCACGGCUGCUGUUCUCUGCACCUUGUGUUGAAGUGGAGAGCACUCGAUAACUUGGUUCCGUCUCUUCUGAUGGAGUCUGAGAUGCUGCAGUCACCCCUCCUGGGGCUUGGGGAAGAAGAUGAAUCAGACAUGACUGACUGGAAUCUGCCCUUGGCCUUCAUGAAGAAGAGGCACUGUGAGAAGAUUGAGGGCUCCAAGUCACUGGCUCAGAGUUGGCGGAUGAAAGACCGGAUGAAGACAGUUAGUGUUGCCUUAGUACUGUGCCUAAAUGUUGGUGUUGACCCUCCUGAUGUGGUGAAGACGACUCCUUGUGCCCGUCUUGAGUGCUGGAUAGAUCCUUUGUCAAUGGGGCCACAGAAAGCUCUGGAAACCAUUGGUGCAAAUUUGCAGAAGCAGUACGAAAACUGGCAGCCAAGGGCUCGGUACAAGCAAAGCCUCGAUCCUACAGUAGAUGAAGUUAAGAAACUGUGUACCUCAUUGCGCCGAAAUGCCAAGGAAGAAAGAGUUCUUUUCCAUUACAAUGGACAUGGUGUCCCCAGGCCAACAGUGAAUGGAGAAAUAUGGGUGUUCAACAAGAACUACACACAGUACAUCCCAUUAUCUAUAUAUGACCUACAGACUUGGAUGGGCAGUCCUUCCAUUUUUGUAUAUGAUUGCUCCAAUGCCGGACUUAUUGUCAAGUCUUUUAAGCAGUUUGCCCUGCAGAGGGAGCAGGAGCUGGAGGUGGCUGCAAUUAACCCAAAUCAUCCCCUUGCUCAGAUGCCCUUGCCCCCGUCGAUGAAAAACUGCAUUCAGCUGGCAGCCUGUGAAGCCAGUGAGUUGCUACCGAUGAUCCCCGACCUGCCAGCUGACCUCUUCACAUCCUGCCUUACUACACCGAUCAAGAUUGCACUGAGAUGGUUUUGCAUGCAGAAGAGUGUGAGACUGGUACCGGGAGUCACACUGGAUUUAAUAGAGAAAAUUCCUGGAAGGCUAAAUGACAGGAGAACGCCUCUGGGAGAACUGAAUUGGAUCUUUACAGCAAUCACAGACACAAUUGCAUGGAACGUCCUACCCAGAGAUCUUUUCCAAAAACUCUUCAGGCAGGACCUGCUUGUGGCAAGCCUCUUUCGUAACUUCUUAUUGGCAGAGAGGAUAAUGAGAUCUUACAACUGCACACCCGUCAGCAGCCCUCGUCUACCUCCAACUUACAUGCAUGCUAUGUGGCAAGCUUGGGACCUUGCUGUGGAUAUCUGUCUGUCUCAAUUGCCCACCAUUAUAGAGGAAGGAACUGCUUUUCGGCACAGCCCGUUCUUUGCUGAACAGCUGACGGCGUUCCAGGUGUGGCUGACGAUGGGAGUAGAAAACCGUAACCCACCCGAACAGCUUCCCAUUGUAUUGCAGGUGCUCCUAAGCCAGGUGCAUCGACUGCGAGCUCUAGAUUUGCUGGGCCGGUUUUUGGACCUCGGUCCCUGGGCUGUCAGUUUGGCUUUGUCUGUUGGCAUUUUCCCCUACGUGUUAAAGCUCCUUCAGAGUUCUGCUCGAGAGCUGAGACCUCUUCUCGUCUUCAUCUGGGCCAAAAUUCUUGCAGUGGACAGUUCAUGCCAAGCCGACCUUGUGAAGGACAACGGUCACAAAUAUUUCCUUUCUGUUUUGGCAGAUCCCUACAUGCCGGCUGAACACAGGACGAUGACGGCUUUUAUCUUGGCUGUGAUUGUGAACAACUACAAUACAGGGCAGGAAGCCUGUCUUCAAGGAAACUUGAUUGCCAUUUGCCUGGAGCAGCUGAAUGAUCCACAUCCUCUCCUGCGCCAGUGGGUGGCGAUCUGCUUGGGGCGUAUCUGGCAGAAUUUCGACUCUGCGAGGUGGUGUGGCGUGAGAGAUAGUGCCCAUGAAAAACUCUACAGUCUUCUUUCUGAUCCAAUCCCAGAGGUUCGCUGUGCUGCAGUCUUCGCCCUUGGCACCUUUGUGGGCAAUUCAGCCGAGCGGACUGAUCAUUCUACCACUAUCGAUCACAAUGUUGCCAUGAUGUUAGCCCAGCUCAUCAACGAUGGAAGCCCCAUGGUUCGAAAGGAGCUGGUGGUGGCAUUGAGUCACCUCGUGGUCCAAUAUGAAAGCAAUUUCUGCACCGUUGCCUUGCAGUUUAUGGAAGAGGAAAAGAACUAUGCACCUCCUUCUCCUGCUGCUCCAGAAGGUGGGAGUCUGACUCCAGUGCGGGACAGUCCAUGCACACCAAGACUUCGUUCUGUCAGCUCCUAUGGGAAUAUCCGAGCAGUCACCACAGCAAGGAACUUGAAUAAGUCUCUGCAGAACCUCAGCUUGAAUGAAGAAUCGGGGAGCUCUGUUGCAUUUUCCCCUGGAAACUUGAGCACGAGCAGCAGCGCCAGCAGCACUUUGGGCAGCCCUGAGAACGAAGAGUACAUCCUGUCUUUUGAGACCAUUGACAAGAUGAGAAGAGUCAGCUCCUAUUCCUCGCUGAAUUCACUCAUAGGGGUUUCCUUCAACAGCGUUUACACACAGAUUUGGAGAGUCCUUUUACACCUGGCUGCUGACCCCUACCCAGAUGUUUCAGACUUGGCCAUGAAAGUGCUCAACAGCAUUGCUUACAAGGCAACUGUCAACGCUCGCCCCCAGCGCAUCCUUGACACCUCCUCCCUCACUCAGUCUGCUCCAGCCAGCCCUACCAACAAGGGCAUGCACAUACACCAAGUAGGAGGAUCACCGCCAACCACCAGUACCAGUAGCUCCAGUUUGACGAAUGACGUGACAAAGCAGCCUGUCAAUCGGGACAUGUCAUCUGUAAGACCUGCAAAUGUGGGCAACAUGGGAGUACAGUACACUCCUCACUCGCACCAGUUUCCCAGGACAAGAAAAAUGUUUGACAAGGGCCCAGAUCAGACAGCAGAUGACGCCGACGACACUGUAGGACACAAAAACUUCAUGUCAGCCACAAUGCAGACAGGGUUUUGUGACUGGAGUGCCAAGUAUUUCGCCCAACCAGUGAUGAAGAUUCCAGAAGAACAUGACUUGGAGAGCCAAGUGCGCAAAGAGAGGGAGUGGCGGUUUUUGCGCAAUGCUCGAGUCCGAAAGCAAGCCCAGAAAAUCAUCCAAAAAGGCAUUUCAAGACUUGACGAUCAGAUUUUUCUGAACAGGAACCCCGGCGUGCCGUCCGUAGUCAAGUUUCAUCCAUUCACCCCCUGCAUAGCAGUAGCUGACAAAGACAGCAUUUGUUUUUGGGAUUGGGAAAAGGGGGAAAAACUGGAUUAUUUUCACAAUGGAAACCCACGGUAUACCAGGAUCACUGCCAUGGAGUAUUUGAAUGGACAAGACUGUUCUCUGCUCUUGACUGCUACAGAUGACGGUGCUAUAAGGGUGUGGAAGAACUUUGCUGACCUGGAGAAGAACCCUGAGAUGGUAACUGCCUGGCAAGGUUUAUCAGACAUGCUGCCAACGACGCGUGGUCUGGCCCGAAGGGUUUCAAUCUAUCUUGACAGAAGUAAACAGGGAGGUGCAGGGAUGGUGGUGGACUGGGAACAAGAGACUGGGCUUCUCAUGACUUCUGGAGAUGUGCGGAUCAUCCGAAUCUGGGAUACAGACCGAGAAAUGAAAGUGCAGGAUAUUCCAACAGGAGCUGACAGUUGUGUCACCAGCCUGUCCUGUGAUUCUCAUCGCUCGCUCAUUGUAGCAGGUCUAGGUGAUGGUUCUGUCCGUGUUUAUGACAGGCGGAUGGCUCUGAGUGAAUGCCGCGUGAUGACCUAUCGAGAGCACACAGCCUGGGUGGUGAAGGCAUAUUUGCAGAAACAUCUGGAAGGCAACAUCAUGAGUGUCAGCGUCAAUGGAGAUGUCCGUUUCUUUGACCCCAGAAUGCCAGAAUCAGUGAAGGUCCUUCAGAUAGUGAAAGGCCUGACAGCUCUCGAUAUUCACCCACAAGCCAACCUGUUUGCAUGCGGCUCUAUGAAUCAAUUUACAGCAAUCUACAAUGGGAAUGGUGAACUGAUCAACAAUAUCAAGUACUAUGAUGGAUUUAUGGGGCAGAGAGUGGGUGCCAUCAGCUGCUUAGCUUUCCAUCCACACUGGCCCCACCUAGCAGUUGGAAGCAACGACUACUACAUCUCGGUGUACUCAGUGGAGAAGCGCAUCAGAUAACAGUGUGUGGCUGCAGUGUCAGAACGGGACAUCUUCUGGCAGGCGGGACCAUGUCUCCCUCAUGUUGUACAUAGCGAAACUAUCAACUUGAAUGUUUAGUGUUGGCUGCUGCUGCUGUGCGACCCCUGUGACUUGGACACUUUUUUCUCCUGAUUUUAGCUACUGAUGAUUUUUUUUUUGGCACUGAGGGGAGGGAGAGAAACCAACAUCUGUCUUUCAUCACAGCAAGAGCCUCCAGGAGCUACAGAAAAGGAACAAUUUGUACUUUGAGUAGGAUCAACCUUCACCACAUGGCUGCUUCUCUGCUUAUUUGACAACAUGGCUCCUGUGAACUCAUUGAGGCGGUUUCUGCCUGGAAGAUGGGUGGGGUUUUCUUUAAAACAAGAAUGAAUUCAGAACUUAUUUACCGUUCCACAAAGUAAACCUAGAACCUCUGUGGCUGCUACCUAUCUCGUGCCAAGUGCUAGCCCUGGCAGUCAUAUGCCGGUAGGCUUCCUGGUUUUGGAUAGCCUGUGAUUCUUUCUACUCUUAUGUGUGACCGGCCACCUUUUCUAGCAUUCAUAGUCCCACUGGAAAUAGAGGGAAAUAGCGGGAAUCCUAGGGAAGAGGAAAUCUCAGUGCUGCAGAAAAUAUGGCAGGGUUGGCUACUGCUAUGGGAGGGGAAAGCAGACAUGUACCCUCGCUUCUUUGAUGUCCAUUGGGAAACCAGUGUGAUGCAUUUUUAGUUGCAACAGUGCAUGAGACAGGAGAGGAGAUCUUACCCUCUUACGUCCGCUCCAUCCUUAUGUUGCUGUAGCCAUCCUCUGCUCCUUUUGCCCAGAGCAAAAAACCCCCACAAGCACAAGAAACAGCCUGCUGCCUCUGCAUAGACAGCAGGAGUUCGCUGAUCAUUGUACCACUGCCUUAAACCUCCCCUACUCUCCCUUGAAUGUUUUCCUUUUGCAGAAGUGCUAUUAUUCAGCUUCGGAAUGGAUGCAGAUACUUGCACACAAAUACAGAUCAGGCCUGUGCCGGGUGUCCCUCUCUCUUCCUCUCCGGGCAUUUGAACCAAGGCUGUACACAGGGGCAGCUGUACAUGCUCGUCCCUCCCCACCCCCCGUAUAUGUGCUUGCAUGCCUGUAUGCUGACUGCAAGAUAGUUACUGCUAUUCCUCUCUCUAGAGAAUGCCAGUUCCAUCUCACACACCAUCCCUAAUCCCAUAUAAUAACAAUUCCAAUCCCUUCAGAAGCCCAAGGGAAGAUAACCCCAAGAAAAGAACUGCAUGAGUAGCAUAGAGCACAAAGACAAGUGACCAGCGCCACCAUGGAAAGUGUGCAGCUGUCAAGGCUGUGGCUGUAAUACCAAUUGUCUACAAAGCUGUGGGGAGACGUGGAAAUUUAGUCUUACCAAUAAUGUUGUUGAUUAGGAUAGCAUUAAGAGUAGAGAACAAUCCUGUUAAUCUUUCAUUAUAGAUGCCAGCUUUGCUGUGCCAUGCAGAAAACAUCUGGCUCUCCCAAACAAAGCCUGCCCUAUGUAUGUUUUUUGUACGCUGCCAGCCAGGUAUGCAGAAUGUUGGUGAGAGACCAAGGAAGAUUUAUUGUCUAGCUAAAAACCUUCUUUGUGACCCACCAAAAUUAAAUUAUGGGAAUAAACAGGAGGUGGUGUGACACACCAGGGUGCUGACCCUAGUGUCAGUUGUGUGGGACAUGCAGUCUCUCGUCACCAUUGCCAUGCCUGUCCUCCGUAAGUGGCAAUGAACUCAGGGAAGGACAGAAAGAUGAUGGAUUUUGCUAAUGAGCAUCAAGCCAGAUUCUGGGAUCCAUGUAUAACUGACUUAACCAACACAGGUUUUAAAAGAAUGGAAAUAGGAUUUAUUUUAUUUUAUUUUUAUUUUGGGAUCCUGCCUCCAGUGUGUUUCUUUCCAGAACAAGAUCCCCUGUGCUUCCUCUCAGCUUGUGCAGCCAAAACUACGGUUGUGGUAUUUUUUUUUUUUAAAAGAAAGACUUAUGCCAGACGGUCAGCUUUCAUCAAGCGAGCGUGUGUAUGUGGGCUGUGCUUUUUCACAGGUCUGAUGUGGAGCUCCAAUCAUGAAGUUGAACCAAGUCUCCAGAAUGCAUCCUACCUACACAGUUCACUUCUAUUUAUUUCCUCCCCCCCCCCCGCAAAAAAGAAAAUUAAAAGGAAAACUACAUAAAUUUAAUAAUUAAACUGCCACAAGAUUGUAAUGUGAGAGUAAAACAAUUAAUGAAAAAAAAUGGUUAAUAAAAUAUAAAUGCCGAAACCACCUCUGGUGACAGUAGCCU